AUGGCUAACCUAAAUCCCCCGGCGUACGGGGGAGGUAUCACUGGUUUGGUUGAUAUGCCAAAUAACUCUAGAGUUUUAACCCCGAUGCACCACUUGGCAAUGGGACAGACACCACCACCCUCACUUAACCCUGCUAUGACAACUUUUGGUCUUGGGUUUCCAACUAUGGUCGCUGCAAAUAUGAGUAAUCAUAUGAAUAACCAAAGACAAUUGCAAAUGUCUAUGAGUCAAACUCCCUCACCUCCGAUCCCGCCUAAUGGAUUCAAUGGAAGAGGCAUUUUAAGAGUGCUUUUGUUUAGUGAAUAUUUGAAUUGUGAAAAUGCACAAAAAAACAAAGACAUAAGUCAUUGGAAAUUAAUGGUAUCAAAUUUCUUUUCAGAGGAUGGAUUUAUCAUAUAUGGUUUAUGGGAUCGUGAAACAGGAAAAAAUAGAGUUUUCGAAAUACCAAAUCCUGUAAUUUCAAGAUUUUUUCAAGUAAAUUAUGAAUCAGGAGUCACUUCAAUACAAUUAACAUUGAAUAACCUAAAAGAAAGCCUGGGUCCCCCAAUUAAUAAUUAUGCAACUAAUAUUACAGUUGAUGCAAAAGCAUCAAUGAUAUAUAAUUAUGAAGAUGGAUCAAGGGUUGUGGCUUCAGGAAAACUAAAGGUUAGACUAAGUACUAGUAGUUUGAACAUAGACUGUUUUGAGUUUCUUACAGAAAAGCACAUGGAAUUUGUGCCUCGAUAUCAACUUAAUUCCCGCGAUAGUCCUAUUAAUCAAUUGGGUAUAACAUUAAAGACGUUAAGGUGCUUGGAGUUAACGGAAAGUGUUGUAACAUUACACGAUUUAAUAGAAAAGUGUAUAUCUUCAAAUAAAGGUCCGCGUCAAACUCUAUAUGCCUUAACAAAUCCUGAACAAUCGCAAACAAUUAUAAAUCCACCGAAUCAUACCCCUCCAACACCUGGUCCAUCACCACCUGAGCCUACUGCAAAGACACCAAAAGAAAAAAACGACAAUACAAAUAUAGAAAAUACACAACAACAGUCUAAUAAUACUGAUGUACCAACACCAUCGCCAUCAACGUCAAAUACUAAAAAUACUAAUAUAAAAACCGAUUCACCAACGUCAAAGUCUGUUAAAUCUCCUCUACUUAACAAUAAAAGGCCAGGUGAAACUACGCCUAAACCAAAGAAAAAACGAACAUUAACGAGAAAAGAUAGUCGACAGGAAUCAGGUUUAUGA